UUUCCGCUUUGGGUGGCCUUCCGCUCGCUCGGCUGUCGGAGAGGGUUCGGGGAUCAUUUGGCCGGUCCCCCGGUCCCUCGGACCUCAGACACUCCAUGAGGUCAGUUAGCUACGUGCAGCGCGUAGCGCUGGAGUUUAGCGGGAGCCUGUUCCCGCACGCAAUCUGUCUCGGAGACGUCGAUAACGAUGCGUUAAAUGAACUGGUGGUGGGAGAUACCAGUGGAAAGCUGUCUGUGUAUAAGAAUGAUGACAGCCGGCCAUGGCUCACCUGCACCUGCCAGGGAAUGUUGACUUGUGUUGGAGUUGGAGAUGUGUGUAACAAAGGAAAGAACCUUGUAGUGGCAGUGAGUGCUGAAGGCUGGUUUCACUUGUUUGACCUGACAUCUACCAAAGUUCUGGAUGCUUCUGGGCACCAUGAGACACUCAUGGGAGAGGAGCAGCGUCCAGUCUUCAAACAACACAUUCCCGCCAACACCAAGGUCAUGCUGAUCAGCGACAUCGAUGGAGAUGGGUGUUGCGAGCUGGUAGUGGGCUACACAGACCGUGUGGUGCGGGCCUUUCGCUGGGAAGAGCUGGCUGAGGGCACUGAACACCUUACAGGACAGCUGGUGUCCCUCAAGAAAUGGAUGCUGGAGGGUCAGGUGGACAGUCUCUCGGUGACCCCAGGGCCACUGGGUGUUCCUGAACUGAUGGUAUCUCAGCCAGGCUGUGCUUAUGCAGUACUUCUGUGCACCUGGAACAAGGAUACUGUGUCCCCUGCUACCUCUGAGGGGGACACGGAGGGCAGUAGGGAGACCCCAGCUGCCCGAGAUGUAGUGCUGCACCAGACUUCUGGCCGCAUCCACAACAAGAACGUCUCCACUCACCUGAUCGGCAAUAUCCAGCAAGGCCAUAAUUCUGAGAGUCGUGGCUCUGGCCUCUUUGCCCUGUGUACCCUGGAUGGUGAGCAAUGCUGGGCUGUGUUGGGGACGCUGAAGCUUAUGGAGGAAGCAGACAAGCUGCUGUGGUCAGUCCAGGUGGAUCACCAACUUUUCGCCCUAGAAAAGUUAGAUAUCACAGGCAAUGGGCAUGAGGAGGUGGUCGCGUGUGCCUGGGACGGACAGACAUAUAUUAUUGAUCACAACCGCACCGUUGUCCGCUUCCAAGUGGAUGAAAAUAUCCGCGCCUUCUGUGCAGGCCUGUAUGCCUGCAAAGAGGGCCGUAAUAGCCCCUGCCUUGUGUACGUCACCUUUAACCAGAAGAUCUAUGUUUACUGGGAGGUGCAGCUGGAACGGAUGGAGUCCACCAAUCUGCUGAAACUGCUAGAAGCUGAGCCUGAGUACCACAGCCUCCUGCAGGAGCUGGGCAUGGAUCCUGAUGACCUCCCUGCAACUCGCACCCUGCUUCACCAAACUCUCUACCAUCCGGACCAGCCACUAGAAUGUGCUCCCUCAAGCCUCCAGGAUCCCACCUAACUGGAAUUAGCCUCCUGACUGGUGAAGGAUCUUCCUGAACCCCCACUCCCACCCCCAAAUAUAUCUGUAAUAUUGACAGGAUAGGGAAUGUAUAUUGCAGAGGAGUAGGAUUUGAUUCUUGACAUGGAAGGAUGGCAGCAACCCUAAGAUGACUAUGAACUAGAGACUUCUUGGUCUUUUUGGUGAAGUAAGAGACAAGGUGACCCUCUGCCCAUUUCCUCAUGAACCACAUCCACAACAUCAGCCAGGUGGGUCACAAGAUCUUGGCCUUGUUCAGAAUCAUCCAGGACACCCCUGCCUCAUCCCUGAGUUCCCUACCCUCACUAUGCAGAAAACAGAUGUGUUUAUGAAGACAGAGUACAGAUCUUUUGUUUGUCCCCAUCACCCAAAAGGAAAGGCUUACAGACUCAGGGAAGCAGUGGAUGUGGGGAAUUCACCACCCAAUCCUAAGCACUGUAUUUCACAGCAUAGCUCCAGGGUUGACAUUAGUAAUUAAUACAGGAAUGGCAAAUUAUUUGUUUUGUUUAGAGGGGUCUUUCAGGACAUUUUACAGUGUUAGCUUACUUGUAGUUCUAGCAACUCUGAUAUCCUGAGAUGAUUUUUCUCUAUGCUGGGUCAGUGUUUUCUUAUUUUGCUUUUUUUUAUUUUUUAUUUUUUACUUUUUUUCUGGUGCUACUUGGGACUGAGCCCACAGCCUCAAACAUGCUAGGCAAGCACUCUACCACUGAGUAACACCCCCUGCCCUGCCAUAGUCUUAAGUAUUACAUAGGCCGUGCUCCCACCUCCACCCACCUGUUUCCCCCCUACAACUUUAUUGUCUAUAUGACAUUGCUACAUUUACAAUCUGAUGCAGAUUUAUGAUUAGAAUUAUAUAUUGGGCCAUUUAUGUUCUUUCGGCUCUUAAUUCUCUGCUCUAAAUCUAUUUUUCAAGUUGUAGAUUGCAAUCCUUGGGUGGGUUGUGGCCAGCAUAUUUGAAAUAAAUGAACUACAGUAAAAUAAAGUAAAAUAGAAAAUAUCAGAGUCCACUGCUCACAGUGUAGGUAAGUAUUGUUUUAUCACAAUUGUGUGUGUGCAAGUAUACUGAGUGUAUUUUACAAGCCAUUGCUCUCCAUUGUACUGACCCAAUGGGUCACCUGGGGAAGGGCCCACUUUCACUUUUCCUUCCCCUAAACCAAUAGGAACAGAGUUACCAUUUAAUAGGCAGGGAGGAGGACCAGAGAACAUGGCAUAGAGAAACAAGUGUUUAUUAAAAUGGAGAAGUAGCUAACUCAAGGCCUGCCUUGGGCCUGGAGUCUGCAACUACAGAAGCAGCAGGAAAGAUAGGGAAAGGGGUAGAGGUCAUAGAGCAAGACAGUGAAGGAGAGGCAGUCCUUUAGGAGUUUUAAGACCAGGCACUAUGACACAUGUGCUAAGCAAGUUCCUCUUCUUUUGAGGGCAGGGGAGUCAGUUGAAAAGAUAAGGCCAAGCGUCAUGGGGUAACUCCUUGCAUCCUGGUUUUUCUCUGAUCUAUCCCCACACUAAAGAGUUAGUUUUCAGCCCAAGGGUUCUAGCUCCCACGUUUGAGUUAGAUCACUAUCUUUCUCUACCCAUAACCAUGAUAUGAGUCAGACUAGCCAGGGGUCUAACUUCUUAAGAUUUUGAUUCUGCUCUUCACAGAAAAAUCAAUGAGCCUUUGUCUUUUUGCCUUGGUUCCAAGUCCAGCAGGGGGAUAGAAAGCCACUGAUCCCAGGACAAGACAAGCUCAAACUCAGAAGACAAUAGAAGUAGGAAGAAGGCCUAAUGAAGUGGAUAGUUGUAGAGAUAAGAAUGAAGCUGGGCACGGUGGCACCCGCCAGUAAUACCAGGGGCUUGGGAGGCUGAGGCAGGAGGAUCAUGAGUUCAGAAUCAGCCUCAGCAACUUAGUGAGGCCCUGAGCAACUCAGCAAGACCCUGU